AUGGCUUCCCGACCAGCAUUUGCAGCUUUGGGCUGUCUUCAAUGUCGGAAUACCGUCCUACGAGCCGUCACAUCCAAAUCAGCUCCCUUUCUUCGAGCUCCCGCCAUCACAACCACGGCAAGUCUGCGACCUCGAAAUCUGCAAAGAGCUUUCUCGAGCGUACCCGAAGCACCCAAGCCCUCGGAUGAACCGACCGCCCAAGCGCCCGAAGCCGAUUCGAAGGCUGAGGAGCACCUUGAAGACCUGAUUGCUAGCGAAAAAGAAGAAGCGCCAUGGUUCCUUGAGGUCGAGGCCCCUACACACCCGCCGAGGCAAGAAGUGUCACCCCUGCCCGAACUGCCGAGCUCUCCCCCUCCUCUCCUGGAGCCUCUGUUGAAGUAUGUCUACGAAGAAAUGGGACUCGAUGACCUGUCACUCCUCGACUUGCGCGCUCUUGACCCGCCCCCUGCUCUGGGACCGAACCUUCUCAUGCUCUUCGCGACGGCGCGCAGCGAGCGUCAUCUGCACGUCUCGGCUUCCCGACUGGUGAAGUGGCUCCGUUUCCACUACAGGAUCGAGGCUAACGCGGAUGGCCUGAUCGGUCCCGGCGAACUAAAGACGAAGCUACGAAGAAUGAGGAGGAAGGCAAAGCUGCUUGGCUCAAGUGCCAUGGUUGCAAAGGGUGGCGACGAUGGAAUCUCGACUGGAUGGAUCUGCGUCAACCUCGGAACCAGUGGAUCGACAUACAGCGAAAGCGAACGCUUCGACUCGCAAGGCAAGAUGUCAGGAUUCGGCGGGCCUGUUACCGGAUCUACCAUCGUCGUCCAGGUGAUGACCAAGUCUCGGCGCAACGAACUGGACCUCGAGCGGCUAUGGAGCCAGCAGCUCGUCCGAAGCGAAGCUCAAGAACGUAAGCUAGCCGACGAAGACUCUUCGUACCACAACAGAUACGGUGAUCUGCCGACGACUACCAUCAGAGCUCGGAAACCCAACUACACAAACACAUUGCAGAGAAGAAACUUCUCCACGAGUCUCUCUCGGCCUUCAACGGACACACAGCAGGCCCCUGUGGAGGCCAAAGACGCAGGUAGUACUCCUUCAGCAAACUCAAGCUCUGUCACAGACCCGCUGAACAAGUACCGCCAGCGAAUUGAAAAGAUACGGUUUGAGGGGGAGCUAGUGAGCGUCGAGGACUGCCUUGACCUCUUGAGGGCCAUUUUCCGGGCGCCUCCAGCGGAGGAGGAUCACAGCCAGGAUCAAGCGGAUCUCGCCACAAAAGUCAUCGAGACGAUGCACGAACGAAAGAUGCCGGUCAUGGACCACGAGAUGCUUACGACCAUCAUUGAGGCGAUAGCAACAUCACCUGCGCGAGGAGGUCCGGAGCAAGGAAAGCUGCGUGAUAUUCAAAGCAAUCUGGAAUUUGUGAUGCUGAAAGGCAUGCAAUCUUCUCCCACCGAGGCGCAACUUGUACGUCUUCUCAGAGCGUAUGCCAUUCAACGCAAUUUGGAACAGUUUUGGGAGAUUUGGAGUCUUCCCGCACGGUACGGGGAGCGCAGAGGGCCGGCAUUAUACCGGGAAGUGUUUUCAAUCUUUGCGCGAAUCAACAGGAGGUCUCUGAGCAUCGACGCUCUCAGGAAGUGUGUCCCCGAGAUGGUGCUCGAGCAGCCACCCGUUCUGCCAGACGACACGAUAUGGUCUGACCUCAAGGCCUGCAUUCACCUCGCCGACCCCAAUGCGGAACACAUCAGCGCUCACAUGGUGUCUGGCGGCAAAGUGUCCAACGAUGGCAAGAGGGUUGGCGAUUCGGAAUUUGUCAGAAUGUUCAAGGAGCUUGAAGCCCUGCGAAAGAACACUUGA